GCCAAGACAUGGAAAAGAAAGCAUCUAAUACCUACCUUCAUAUUCCUUCCUUCAUCAAAAUUUGCUCCUAAAAAAUAAUACAAAUAAAAAUAUUUUAGCUUUUCUCCACUCGUCACUCUCUCUUCUGGCGGUGUCAUCCCCAUCUGGCCAUCCAUCGUGCUUUCUAUAUAUUGACCGAACCCUAAUCAAAAUCCAACGGAUUUUAUUUCCUUGCCCCGUUUACUGGUUUUGAUCUCGAUUCAUAAGCAUUCCAGCUCGCAAUCAUGGAUGAAGAGUACGACGUGAUCGUGCUGGGCACUGGUCUCAAAGAAUGCAUUCUCAGUGGCCUUCUCUCCGUCGACGGCCUCAAGGUUCUGCAUAUGGAUAGGAACGACUAUUAUGGAGGCGAAUCUGCAUCCCUUAACCUUAUUCAGCUCUGGAAGAGGUUCAGGGGAGCUGAUACACCUCCAGCAAGCCUUGGCUCAAGUAGGGAUUAUAAUGUGGACAUGAUCCCCAAGUUUAUGAUGGCCAAUGGUGUUCUUGUACGAGUACUCAUUCACACUGAUGUCACAAAGUAUCUCUCCUUCAAAGCUGUUGAUGGUGGUUUUGUCUAUAACAAACAAAAGGUUCACAAGGUGCCAGCAACUGACAUGGAGGCAUUGAAGUCUCCCUUGAUGGGUAUCUUUGAAAAGCGUCGAGCUCGCAAGUUUUUCAUUUAUGUCCAAGAUUAUAAUGAAUCUGAUCCCAAAACACACGAGGGACUGGACUUGACCAGAGUGACCACCAAAGAAUUGAUUGCGAAAUAUGGUCUUGAUGAUAAUACCAUAGACUUCAUUGGUCAUGCCUUGGCGCUGCAUAGGGACGAUCGAUAUCUUAAUGAACCUGCUAUAGAUACAGUGAAGAGAAUGAAGCUGUAUGCCGAGUCUCUUGCUCGUUUUCAAGGUGGAUCACCUUAUAUUUACCCCCUAUAUGGAUUAGGAGAGCUGCCACAGGCAUUUGCUCGUCUGAGUGCAGUCUAUGGUGGCACAUAUAUGUUGAACAAACCUGAAUGCAAGGUAGAGUUCGACGAUGGAGGCAAGGUUAUUGGCGUAACCUCAGAAGGAGAAACUGCUAAGUGCAAGAAAGUGGUUUGUGAUCCGUCCUACUUGCCAGGAAAGGUUAGGAAGGUCGGUAAAGUUGCUAGGGCGAUUGCCAUCAUGAGCCACCCAAUUCCCAACACCAUUGACUCUCACUCAGUUCAGGUUAUUCUUCCACAGAAGCAGCUGGGUCGCAAAUCAGACAUGUACCUUUUCUGCUGCUCUUAUUCCCACAAUGUUGCUCCAAAGGGGAAAUUCAUCGCUUUCGUAUCGACCGAGGCGGAGACAGAUAACCCUCAGGUGGAGUUGAAGCCAGGGAUUGACCUUCUUGGUCCAGUUGAUGAAAUAUUCUUCGAGAACUAUGAUAGAUAUGAACCAGUAAACGAGCCAUCUCUGGACAAUUGCUUUAUAUCUGCUAGUUAUGAUGCGACAACACACUUUGAGUCGACUGUCACUGAUGUCCUUAACAUGUACACAAUGAUAACUGGAAAGAAUCUCGACCUGAGCGUGGAUUUGAGUGCUGCCAGUGCUGCAGAAGAGUGACGAAGCUGCUCUGCCUCACUUUCCUGCAUCACUCAGCCUUAAUGUUCCCCAGUUCUGGAGUCUGUUUAAACUUUGUGUAAGAUCGCUAUCAUAGCGAGACUGGUCUUCUGUUUUCAGUUAACAUCAGGAACUGAACUAUAUGUUACAAAUGCCAUGUCUAGAAAACUAUGUUUGUUCUUCCUCAGUUGUCUGCAAAGUCUUGAAAAGGUCACAGUUGUGGGCUGGUUUGUGCUUUCCCGGGAAAUUUUCAGUUUUCCUGAUAUCUGGUUUCAGUUUGAAAAGGUCAUGUUGCAGUUGCAGCUACUACUACUGAAAAUGUCCAUUUCAGGUUGUGCUUCAAUGUUCUGAUAGUCGGUUCCUUGUCAUUUAUUUUAUGUUAGAUUGAAGGCUCAGUUUUCUUCAGCUGUUAAGUACCUAUAUGGCUAUAUCCAUUAGUUGCCUG